CGUAAGGGCAACUGAGUUCUUCAUAAUAAAUGUCCAUUAAUUAGCACUCUGUGUGUUUGUCAGUAGGUCAGUAGUCAGUGGCCAAUAUCGGUGACGAAAGCACUGCAAGAACGAACACCUCAAUGUGCUAAUUGCAACCGGUACUGGGGGAUUGGAGGCGUAAAUGGUUAUGUGGUUUGGUCUAGUUUUGUCAAUCAGCAUUAGCACUCCAAUCUUAGAGAACCUAAAAAGUAAUCAAAUUUUGCAGUCAAGCUCUUAUUAUGCAGAUUAAGAUGCUUUGAAUAACGUAGAGGAACAUUUUUGUUGAAUUAUUAAGAUGCCAAAUUAAUAGUUAAAGUAUCCAAGAGAAUAUUUUUUUUUACAUUUUUUUGUUAUGUCUUUACAUUAUUAACCGCAUUUAAAGUAAAUUAGUGAGCCCACUUUGCGUUGAAAUAAUACAUUUUUUUGUUCAUAUAAAAAGCCUAUCCCAUUUCAAAAUACUAUUCUCUGAGUUCACCAGGGCUUGUCUUUCACCUUAAAAUUUGUUCCUUUCUUCAAAACCUUUUGACUUGUUAAUCAAAAUUCUUUGUUUUCUAAAAAAAAAAUGCCUAAACGGACAGGACCUUUGUCGAAGUUGUAUAAUGCCACCAUUAGUGCAGCAGAUAAAAUUGUUCCAACUGCAAUGCAGCCAUUUUGGCAGUCGCCAGCAGGUCCCCGUACUGUUUUCUUUUGGGCGCCGAUGUUUAAAUGGAGCCUGGUAUUGGCAGGCCUGAGCGACACGAUAAAUCGUCCUGCUUCGACAAUCUCUCUUAAUCAGUGCGCCUCCUUGGCAACUACGUGUUUGAUUUGGUCCCGAUACUCAAUGGUUAUAACACCCAAGAACUACAGUCUUAUGUCCGUCAAUAUAGCCAUAUUUCUCAUCCAAGGCUACCUAGUUAUAGAGCACCUGCGAUGGCGCAAUCAGAAAGCAGUCUUUGAUCAUAAUACAAUUUCAAUCCAUUUGAGGGAUGAUUGAUGGAAAGCGGAGGCAUUUAAUGAAUCCGGAAUUUCUGUGUUUGGACUAAUAACUUCGCAAUUCUUUGAUUUGAGAUUUAAUUUCCCCAGUAUAGAUAAACAAAAAAACAAAUUAAAAUGAUGAAGUUGUACUAUUAAUCUUAAGGCAAGGAGCAAUACAAUUUUAAAAAUUA